UGGAUUUAUGAUCGGCUUCCUGCUAUGGCUGCUGUGAAGUCUUGGUUAUGGCGCCGCCGUUGAGGUACUGCGUCCCAGGCGAGCGACUGUGUAACGUGGAGGAAGCCAGCCCCGGCAGCGGCACCUACACUCGGCACGGCUACAUCUUUUCCUCGCUCUCUGGCUGUCUGGUGAAGACGAGCGACAACGGCGAGCUUCCAGUGGUGUCAGUGACGAGAGAGACCGAGUCCCAGCUGCUUCCAGAUGUGGGAACGAUCGUAACCUGUAAGGUCUCCAGCAUUAAUUCUCGAUUUGCCAAAGUUCAUAUCUUAUAUGUGGGAUCCACACCUCUCAAGAACUCUUUUAGAGGAACUAUCAGGAAGGAAGAUGUUCGGGCUACUGAAAAAGACAAGGUUGAAAUAUAUAAGAGUUUUCGCCCAGGUGACAUUGUGCUGGCUAAAGUGAUUUCCCUCGGUGAUGCACAAUCCAACUACCUGUUGACAACUGCAGAAAAUGAGCUGGGAGUGGUGGUGGCCCAUAGUGAAUCAGCAGGUGUCCAGAUGGUGCCCAUCAGCUGGUGUGAGAUGCAGUGCCCUAGGACACACACUAAAGAAUUCCGCAAGGUUGCCCGAGUACAGCCAGAGUUCCUGCAGACGUAGUAGCUUCACCCUUCCCCAUGUUGGGGUGUCUCGUUUCCUACCAUCCGCAUGUGAUCGAAACAAGAAGACCUUGGGCUUACCAGAAACCACAUUUGGAAAUAAAUGCCUGAAAUUUCCACUGUA